ACCACGCUCUGGAGUUCGAAAAGAGACGUGGCUGCUUUAAGAGAGAAACAGGAAGUUGUAACUGGAAGCCGGCUGAAUGCUAAACCAGGGUAGAAUGCUUGUGAAGUAGCAAGUAAAGUAGCAGUGUUUAUUCUGUAAUCCUCAGGCAGCCGGACUGUCUUGGGCAAAUCUUGAUAAAAUAGCCUUCAUCCAGGAUUUUAUCUAAGGAAUCCCAAGAAGACGCGAGAAUGGAGGGACAACAAAGGUUUAUGUCAGAGAAGGAUGGGUAUCACUUUCAACAUCAGGGAGCCGUGGAGCUGCUCGUCUUUAAUUUUUUGCUCAUCCUUACCAUUCUGACAAUCUGGUUAUUUAAAAACCAUCGAUUCCGCUUCUUGCACGAAACUGGAGGAGCGAUGGUGUAUGGUCUUGUCAUGGGAUUGAUUCUACGAUAUGCUACAGCACCAACUGAUAUUGAAAGUGGAACUGUCUAUGACUGUGGGAAACUGAACUUCAGUCCAUCAACUCUUCUGGUUAAUAUUACUGAUCAAGUUUAUGAAUAUAAAUAUAAGAGGGAAAUAAGCCAGCACAAUGUCAGUCCUCACCAGGGCAAUCCCUUACUUGAAAAGAUGACAUUUGAUCCAGAAAUCUUCUUCAAUGUUUUAUUGCCACCAAUUAUAUUUCAUGCAGGAUACAGUCUAAAGAAGAGACACUUUUUUCAAAACUUAGGAUCUAUUUUAACAUAUGCCUUCUUGGGAACUGCCAUCUCCUGUAUCGUCAUAGGGUUAAUUGUAUAUGGUUUUGUGAAGGCUAUGAUAUAUGCUGGUCAGCUGAAAAAUGGAGACUUUCAUUUUACUGACUGUUUAUUUUUUGGUUCACUGAUGUCAGCUACAGAUCCAGUGACAGUGCUGGCCAUUUUCCAUGAAUUGCACGUCGACCCUGACCUGUAUACACUUUUGUUCGGGGAGAGUGUGUUGAAUGAUGCAGUGGCCAUAGUCCUCACAUAUUCUAUAUCCAUUUACAGUCCCAAGGAGAAUCCGAAUGCAUUCGACACUGCAGCAUUCUUCCAGUCUGCGGGGAAUUUCCUGGGGAUCUUCACUGGCUCCUUUGCGAUGGGGUCCGCGUAUGCAGUCGUCACAGCGCUGCUGACCAAAUUCACCAAGCUCUGUGAGUUCCCGAUGCUGGAAACAGGCUUGUUUUUCCUGCUUUCUUGGAGUGCCUUCCUGUCUGCUGAGGCAGCCGGCCUAACAGGAAUAGUUGCUGUCCUCUUCUGCGGAGUUACACAGGCGCAUUACACCUACAACAAUCUGUCGUCGGAUUCCAAAGUGAGGACGAAACAGUUGUUCGAAUUUAUGAACUUCUUGGCUGAGAAUGUCAUCUUCUGUUACAUGGGCCUGGCGCUGUUCACCUUCCAGAACCAUAUUUUUAAUGCUCUUUUUAUACUUGGAGCCUUUCUAGCAAUUUUUGUGGCCAGAGCGUGUAACAUAUAUCCCCUCUCCUUCCUCCUGAAUCUGGGACGAACACAGAGGAUCCCGUGGAAUUUUCAGCACAUGAUGAUGUUCUCAGGUCUGAGGGGAGCAAUCGCAUUUGCCUUAGCUAUUCGGAACACAGAAUCUCAGCCCAAACAGAUGAUGUUUACAACCACGCUGCUCCUGGUAUUCUUUACUGUCUGGGUGUUCGGAGGAGGGACGACCCCUAUGCUUGCUUGGCUUCAGAUCAGAGUUGGUGUGGACCUGGAGGAAAAUCUGAAGGAGGAGCCCGCCUCACACCAGGAAGUGAAUAACUUGGAUAAAAACGUGACCAAAGCAGAGAGCGCUCGGCUCUUCAGGAUGUGGUAUGGCUUUGACCACAAAUAUCUGAAACCAAUUUUAACCCACGCUGGCCCUCCACUGACCACCACACUACCGGAAUGGUGUGGGCCAAUUUCCAGGCUGCUGACCAGUCCUCAGGCUUAUGGGGAACAGUUAAAAGAGGAGGAUGUGGACUGCAUUGUAAAUCAGGAUGAACUAGCCAUGACUUAUCAGGAGCAAACCUCCUCCCCCUGCAGUCCUCCGCCAGGGCCAGACGCGGACCAGAAAGCUUCACCCCAGACUCCAAGCAAGGAGAACAUCUAUGAGGGAGACCUGGGCCUAGGAAGCUAUGAACUCAAGCUUGAGCAGACUCUGGGGCAAUCCCAGAUGAAUUAAUUGGCAUGAAGAGUGCAGAUGUAAUCACAAGGAAGGCAAGGCUCCCUGAGGACCACAAGCCAAGAUGAUGACACUGUACAGGGGAGAGGCUGGAAAAUGUAUUAAGAGCAUAAAUUGGAGAUGAUCAAAACCUUGUCUGGUGCCUGCAGAAAUGAGAAUUUAUUAUCAGUGCUCUAUAUUAUGCAACUGAACUUAAUUGUUUAUCAGCAGCCAGUUUUACUUGUAGACUGGGUGGGAUGUGGGAAGGGGGAAUCAGGAACCAAAUGUACUGGGUCUGAGGGGCAUAUCUAUUCUGUGGACAAGUCUCCGGGCCCUUCACUUGCAUUUUAUUCCCUUCCUUAAAUAGAGUUAAAAACAAGGAAAAGAGCUUCUGAGUGUAAGCAUGCUUUGCCUAAAUUGAAGGGAAUGUCCAGUUGUUUAGUAAGUGAGAAGUUCUGUAUUUGUAGAACUUGCCCCUGGGACUGUGUGCAGAUCCAGGGAGGCAUUCAGCACCCACCUCUGAUGGCCUCAUAGAACCCGCACGGAGUUGGGAGCCUACUGUUCUGGUUGGCAUCCUUGCCGUGCUGCUUCUGCCCUUGGUCGAAGGGAUCAUGCACAGCAGGGUGUGCUAAUGCUAAAUGCAGUGUCGCUUUCUGGCUACAUAGGACCCCUUGCAGGGAAAGCUUGUUUUCCUUUCUAAUAUGAUGUUUUACCCGCAGAGUGAGCCUUGCUUGCUUGCUUGUUUGCAUGCACUUCUGGGCUCUGCAGUAGGGCCCCUCUACAUGUGGGGUAAUAAUAUUUCACAGCACAAGUUGCUCUCCACAUGGCAGGAGACUGUGCAGGAACCCCAGUCUGGUCCCCAGUUCAGCACUCACAGCUGGUUAACAGCACAGAAGCAGCUGCUAAUGAGUGGGUCAUGAUAAGGAACCAGGGACAAGACAUCACAACUGCCUCUUACCAGUCAUGGCUCACGGCCCAUGUUAGAGAGACCAACACAAUAAUUCUGCUUUUAAUUCUGCUGCAUGACCUGUGCCUUUGAAGCCAGAAGAUACCUCAAGCCUAAGUUCUCUUGAAACACAGAUGUUAAUAGUAGACUCCAGACCAGGCAUGGUGGUACAUGCUUGUAAUCCCAGUACUCAGGAGGCUGAGGCAGGAGAAUCGUCACAAUUUCCAGGCCAGUCGGGGCUACAGAGUGAGUUCAAGACCAGCCUGAACUAUGGCGAGACUCUGUUUCAAAAAAAAAUAGUAGACUCCAAAAAGCAAGCUCCAGGCCUACAUGCCAGGUUCUGCUGAGCCUCCACCUGAGGGAGGCAGAGCAAGAUGUCUUCCUCAAGCCCAGUAUUUAAACUAAUGUAUGCUUUGCAUACCACUUGUUAGGCCUUAAACAUUAGGUGUGGUGGCAUAGGGAAUAAUUCUGUAUGCAUUUCUUUUCUUGCUUUCCAAAUAGGAGAUUCUGGGGGAAUAAAUUAUUUUAUACUCAAUUUACAAUCUUGUCAUUCCAGGUAAAAAUGACAAGUGGAGAAGCAUGAUGUUUUCUAAUUUCACUUCAUCCUAAUAAAAUUUUGUUAUCAAG